UUCUUAUUUAGCAGGCAAAGCAGUUGAAUCACCCUGAAUUAAAUUAUAAAAUUUACUGAUGUAUCAAUUUAACAUUAAUUUUUAUUCAAUAUAAUGUAUAUUGUAUAUACAGCUAAUUGCCAAAAAGCCUGUAAGAAAUGUGCUGACGAAAGACCUUGUCCUCGCUGCAUCAAACUUGAUCUUGCAGCAACGUGCGUUAACUCCAUUCGUAAAGAACGUCAAAGGGGCAUUAAACGUGGUCCCUACAAGAGAAAAAAUAAGACAGCGAUAAAUGAAGAGGAAGGAAGACCAGAUAUUCAAAGCAACAAAGUUUCACCUGUACCUAUCGUGCCAGUAAUCGCCACAUCGACGACUGAGGAAAGCACACUAAAAAAUGAUAAUAAUACCGAAGUUAACAAUCCGAUUAUCUCUUCAGCAUCUACCACUAACAACAGCAGUAUCGAUUAUGGAUAUCCUCCACAAUUGAGUCAAUACCCGCAAGGUUAUCAUUCUCUCUAUUAUAACAUUAACCUGACAGCCACCACCAAAGUAGAAAAAAUUGUGAACAAUAAGACCGAGACAGCGACUGCAACCAAGUUGGACAAUAGUACAAAACAUGACGAGGAGAACAUCCAGUCCACUAUUGUUGACACGGCAGAAGAAAUGUCACGAAAGAUAGAGCAAUUUGCACGCUUAUCUGAACUCUGUAGUGCUGCUCUCCGUGAGAAGGAACAAGAAAAGAAACAGAAACAAGAGAUAUCAGAAAGUGAGGGUGUUCCUGUGAAACAAGAGGAGUGAACUCAUCCAAAGGCCAUGAGGUAAUGGUAUGUUACAGCCUAACAUAGCUUUCAUCUUGACGUAUUUGACAGUACGUACGAAUAUCCAAAAUAUUUCUUUUACGUUUUCUUUUAUUCUACAUCGUUUAUAUAUACAAUAAACUGCUACUAGCGCAUUUUAAUUCUCUUUCGUUCUAUAUGUGAAAGGAGCCGAACAUUUAAUACUAGAUGUGUUUCUAUCUAAUAUUUACCAGUCAUUGGACUGAAACAUGCGCAUAGAAAGCUCAUAUACAGUAAACGUAGCGCCUGCUGCAGGUACAGAUCUCAAUACAGUAGGAGCAUAACCGCGGAAAAGUCCCCUCAUACCAUCAACGGCAUAAAUAUGCUUCAUCACUUGUGAUAUGUACAAUCCUUUGGGCGGAUUUGGUUGGUUUUGAACCUAAUGG